AUGGGCGAACAUUCGAAAGCACUUUUAUCUCUCGAAAAAGCACUUGAAAUUAUACAAAAAAAUCAUCCUUCUAAUCAUCCUUUAUUGGCUAAUUCAUACAACAACAUCGGUUUGGUGUAUGAUGACAUGGAAGAAUACUCGAAAGCACUAUCAUGUUUUGAACAUGCGCUGGACAUAUGGCAACGUGCAUUGCCUCCAACUCAUCCUGAUAUUAAAGAUGUGAAAAAGAAUAUUGAAAUUAUAAAAGAAAAAAUUAUAACGAAUAGUUGA